CAACCGUGACCUCAUCCACCAUUCAAUCAGCGACGACAACGUGGAUGGCUACACAGGACUCGCGCGAAAGAUCACACAUCGCUCGCUCCAGCGCUUAAUCCUCCAUGUCGAUUCAGCCGAUCAGCUUCCCUCCUACAAGCUCUAGUGGUACAGGUACUCAGAAGCUGGGAAGCUUGAACAUCCCCGCAAUACCAGACCCGAAUCUCGUCAUCGGCACUGUUACGGCCACCGUCGCCGUCACUGUCGCCGUCACAAGCCACUCAAGAUGGUGGUUCGAACGAAUUCGCUGAAAUCUCUCAAGAAUAUCCUCCCGAAGAUCCACCAGUCAUUGCCAUUGAAUAAUCGCGAAUCCCGGCAACUACUCGAAUCCAUUACGGCCUCCUUCCGAAAGAACCUCGACAAGGAACACCCGUGGGAGACCAGUAAAGAUGACUCAAUUUCGCAGAAAACCACACACCUGAAACAAGAUCGUCCUCUUCUUAAGUCAGCCUCUACCUCUUCGAAUCGUCCAACGGAGAGACACCUCCACGCGAUCCUCUCUCACCCCCUCUUUUCCCACCAAGAACGCGAGAAGCCAAUAGCCGGUGUCGACCCGUUUCAUGUCUUCGAUACAGCUGUUUCGAGGGGUCUGAUGACACCGCGUCGUGCAGCCGGCUUCCUCGCUAAGGUCCGGACCCAGAUCGAAGCUGAAGGUGGCGAUAUUCCACAAGCCAUGGCGAAAUCCGGCGCCGGCCUUCGGGUUGUCCGGUGGAUGCGAACGUCAGGGUUAGAAAACAGACUUUAUACUCUUUCGAAUGUCGAAUUCUAUUUCUUCUGGACUCUCGUACCUUUCAUGUAUGCCGAGGGUCUUGAAGAACUGGUCUGGACUUGGGUAGCGCGCCUAGGGUCGCAGAAAGAGACUGAAAAUACUGAAGACUUCUCUACCACGGCCCUGUACCGCCUGCUGCAGGCUAUCAACAGACAAAAGGGAGUCCCGUAUUCUAGGAUACGCGGCCUCGAUGAUGCCUAUGAGGCAAUGUUACGGGCAUAUGAUAUAUUACAGCCAAACGAAAACCAGGUAGCGUUUGGUAGCUACAGGAAGGCCUGGUCGGAUUUGUCCUGGCGCUCUACGGUGCUCGCCUCGCGUUAUCCAAAGCCGUCAGUUGAUAUAUUUGACGCUUUCGUCAACGUUGGACGCUCUCUCAAGACCCCAAUAGAUAUAGCUCAUCUAGGAUUGCAUCACCCCCAAUCACCGGACCACUGCGCCGCCGUUCAGUUUAUGCAUCACAAAAUCAACGAAACUGAGCAGACCGACGAUGACUCGCUAAAUAGUCCGUUAUAUCGGAAGAGAUUCGUCUGCUUAGCCUUAGAUACGGCAGAUCGGCUGAAGGAGGUUGGAGAUGUCGAGGAGGUUUCCUGGAUCGAACGCCUCCUUACGAAACUAGGCAAUGAUUUAAAUUCUAGUAUCUCCAAUAUCUUGAACACACAAGAUGACCCAAUGGGAUCGGAAUUGCGUACAUGGCAUACGGCAUAAUUUUCGCCAAAUGGCAACGAGGAGACAGCUAUGAAAUUGGGCGGAUUUUUAUACCAUAGCAUGGGAAGGGAUAUGAUAUCAGGGUUAUAUCGGCGUUUAAGAGAGCUUGGGCAGCUACCUCAUAUCCAAGUAUUGCGUUUACACAAAUUCGAUUACAAAUAUGAAUACGUAUUUAAAUGAUCCAAUAUAUUACGCAUUCAUGAUUAUGGGCAGGAAGCAGUGGUCUAGCAGACAAAGGUAUGUAAAU